AAAUGAAGAUGAUUGGUGAACCUUGUUCUUAUACACGCCUCCCUACUCCUACUACCUUUCCUAUCCAUUCAACAAAAAGGGAUUAGUUGACUGGGUCCACACGUGCUAUGUCUCUGCCGAACUUUUAUCUUUCUGUGUGUUCCUUUUCCCAUUCUCAACACAAUCUAGUUCCAACCUUAACCAUAAGGUGAAGUUCCUGUCUUCUAUGUUACUGAUCACGCAAUUGUUCCCAUCAACACAAUAGGUGUGGUUGUGAACAUUGUCUUUGUAUUGGGUUUUGAGUCUUCUUUAUAUUUAUUUAUCUUUGUACCAUUUUAUUCACAAUAUUUUACUGAUUGGGAAUGUUUACUAUUUUAUUUUUUUCAUUUGUUAGUCUCAUGAUCAAUGGCCAAAUCAUAGAUAAUUGGUCUUUAUGCUAUUUUUUUUUCUCAGGGCAUAAAGUUAAGCUUAUGAUCUUCACAUGGCAUGUCAAAUGUGACUGCGUUUCAUGCAAAUGUUGUGAUAACAUGCAACGACAAAAGUUUGUGUUGUAAACACGAUGCAAUUUGGAUGAAGUUAAAUUGGUUGUAGCAGGAUAAGUUUUUUUGUCUUUGGCAAUGUUGAAAUUUGAGUCCGUGUUUGGUCAACUAGUGGUUACGCGGUUGAUGUGAAUUUGUCGUUGAUCAUACUUAAAAGCAUGCUUAAUUUACAUAAUUACAUGGGGCACUUGUUUAUGGGCAAUACUGUUACUGAGAAUUGCAUGAAUCCAGUGAUAAAGCACAUAGAAGAGCUGUAAUUUUUUUAAUCAUUGUAUGUUUAUUUUUCAAUGUUAAUAGAAGUAAGAAAAUGCUCUGAAUAGGAAUUAACUUGAAUUUCAAGUCAUGGUAACUUCACUUAAGGGAAAGGAUCAUUCAAUUUAAAAGGCCAUGCUUCCCCUGCUCAUCAUACCAAAAUUGUUUGCUUGCUGAUUGUGUGACAGUAUUUGAAGUUUUCUGAUAUCAAAAAGAAGAAAAAAAAGAGAUUUGAUGUUAUAACUAUUAUUAUAAUUUUAUUACGUGAGUCUGAUUUAAUUUUGGAAAAGAAAUGUCUUAACAACUGUAUCCAAUCAUCUAACUUAUGUUUUAUGUUGAAAAUCAGAGGUGCUUAAGCAACAAUAUUAACAAAUGGCUUCAAAUUUGCGAGCAUUUGGGAACAGCCCAGUUGGUCCAAAAACAACACAUUUUUGGGGACCUGUUGCCAAUUGGGGUUUCGUUGCUGCCGGGUUGAUGGAUAUGAAUAAACCACCAGAAAUGAUCUCAGGCAACAUGACAGCAGUGAUGUGUGUCUAUUCAGUAUUGUUCAUGAGAUUUGCAUGGAUGGUACAACCACGAAACUACCUAUUACUUUCUUGCCAUGCAUCCAAUGAGGCCGUACAAUUACGUCAACUCUCCCGUUGGGCAAAGGGGAAUGGGUACCUCUCUGACAAGAAGAAUGAAGCUUCAUCCAAGUAACUUGAAGCUGUAUUUGCUGCUUUUUCGUGGGGUGUUAAAUAUGAGAAUUUGCAUUUGAUUAUUCGUGUAGAUUAAUAAUUUGUUUCUACUUUUUCGUAACCAAAAUUCAUGUAAUAUUGUUUUCCUAUUUGUUUAUUUCCUAUUGUAUAUUAUUGAUUAAUAAAAAGUUUCUUGGCU